UUUUAUUUUGAAAGUCCCAGAUGGUAAACCGGAUGUGCUUUUAUUGAUAUUUUAAGGUUGUGUUUCGCCUCGUUUACUUACUGUCCAGGCCAGAGUUGACCGAAUGUUUAAAGUGAAACAUGAGCGUACCGUAGAGUUAAAUAAUAAUCCCGGUUAACUUCCCAUAUGCUAACCGAUUAGCACAUUUAGCUCCCAGCUGAGAUGUCGGUGUGGCGGCGGCUGCACGGAAAGGUGCGGACGGGGGUAUUUUUCACCCGGACUCCGGUGACCCUGCGGCACACAGACCGGUGUAGACCUUUAAUUCUCGGUCAAACCUUGAACACAGGUGGACCCCUCCGAAAUGACUUAUAUAAAGACCUGAAGGCCCAGUUUCAAGCGGUAAGGAAUAAGUUGGCCAUGGCACACCCAGGGAGCAACUGGUGCCCUUUUGAGAUAAACCAGAACCUUCCACCUGAGAGGUCGGACAUUGUGAUUGUUGGAGGAGGCAUUAUGGGCUGGUCCAUCGCCUACUGGCUGAAGCAGAAGGGGAGKUUAGCCAAAGAGGUGAAGGUCCUCGUCGUGGAGAGGGACCCAACAUACUCCCAGACCUCCACAGUUCUGUCUGCAGGGGGGAUCCGGCAGCAGUUCUCCAUGUUUCAGAACAUCCAGGCCUCCCUGGCGUCUGCUGAAUUCCUGAGGAACAUCAAUGACCACCUGGGCAUGCUGAACGAAGACCCCGUGGAUUUGCAGUUCAACCAGUCAGGAUACCUGUUCUUAGCCAGCGAGGAGGUGGCKCACAUCAUGGAGAGGAACUACGAGAACCAGAGGCUGGUCGGGGCCCAGGUCUGUCUCCUGUCUCCCACACAAGCCAAGGAGAGGUUUCCCUGGAUAAACACAGAUGGCGUGGCGCUCGCUUCGUACGGUCUGGAGAACGAGGGCUGGUUCGACCCCUGGACUCUGCUGAACGCCUUCAGGAGGAAGGCCCUCUCUUUGGGGGCCACUCAGUGCUUCGGAGAGGUCACAGAUUUUUUUUAUAGAAGAGAUGCAGCGAGGUCCGAAGAUGGAGAAAUGUUUGAAACGCGGUUCAUAAAGUCUGUCAAAGUGAAGAUGCCCAACAGUCAGGAGUAUCAACCAGUGGAGUGUGCCAUAGUGGUGAAYGCAGCCGGAGCUUUCUCGGCCAAGCUGGCAGAGAUGCUGGGGGUCGGCCUCAACCCAGAUGAUUCCUUCCCUGGAAUCCCUGUGGAGCCACGCAAGAGGUACGUUUAUGUGGUCCACUGCCCUGACGGGCCAGGUCUGGACUGUCCCUUCUUGAUCGAUUACUCGGGCGUUUACUUUAGGAGAGAAGGUUUUGGAGGGAACUACAUCACCGGAGUUUCACCGGAGGAGUCAGAAGAGCCGGACGUCAGCAACCUGGAGGUGGACUACCAGUUUUUUGAGGACAAAGUUUGGCCCAAAUUGGCCAAUCGAGUUCCAGCCUUUGAAAAACUCAAGGUGACCAGCGCCUGGGCCGGUUUCUACGACUACAACACCUUCGACCAAAACGGCAUCGUCGGUGUGCACCCGCUCAUCGAUAACAUGUACUUCGCCACUGGUUUCAGUGGCCAUGGCCUGCAGCACUCGCCGGUGGUGGGCCGGGCCAUAGCAGAACUCAUCUUGGACGGAGGCUUUAAGACUUUGAACCUGAGCUGCUACAACUUCACUCGGAUCAUGAAGAAGGAGCCGAUGCUGGAGCAGAACAUUGUGUAGCUCUAACAAUAAUCUGUACUUUUAAAUUCAUUUUAAAUAUAAAGAGCAUAAAAAAUAUUAGAUAAAUUUACUCAAACUGCUUCAUUCGUCAUUCUGUCGUUGGCUUCUGCAAAAAAAGUCAAAGUAGAUUUUUAUAUUUGUGUUGUUGUUUUUUACUAUGAGUUUAUUUUUGGAUUUACAAUCAACACACAAGGACAUCACAAUAAUAAAUCAAUAAAUAAAGAAGCUCGUCUUUUUAAAAACAA